CUCUGAGAGUCGGAGAAUCGUCCUGUGAGCUGCAAGUCAUCUGAAUUCCAGAGCACAGUGGACUGUUGCCUUUUUGUGCUUUUAUUUCUGAAUUUGAAGAAAACUGCUUUUCAACUAAGGCGUCCAGCUGCAUCUAUUCUGCCAUGAACAGAUGCUGUAAAUCUGCUGCCUGGAUCCUCACCUGCCUGCUGGCGUCGUUCUUACUGAUCGCAUUCACCUGCUUCCUUCCAACCGAAGACAUCAAACUCCAACAAAGAUCAGUUUCCACCACCAACACAAAUGCCCCAGUGACAACACAGUCUCAAGUGCGGCUGGUGAACGGCAGGAACCCGUGCGAGGGCCGUGUGGAGGUGCUCUUUAACAGCACGUGGGGGACGGUGUGCGAUGACGACUGGGACAUGGUGGACUCCAAUGUGGUGUGUCGGCUUCUGGACUGCGGUGUGGCCGUGGCUGUGGGGACCAGCUCCAGGUUCGGCCAGGGAUCCGGUCCCAUCCUGCUGGACAACGUGGACUGUAAAGGAGGAGAGAUGGACCUCAGUCAGUGCAGGAAUCAGGGAUGGGGUGUCCAUAACUGCUACCACUAUGAAGACGUGGCCGUCACCUGUAAAGGCAAUAAUGCCAUCGAACCCCGAGGCCUGGAGCCCACCACACCGUCCCGUCUGAUCUCUGCUUUAAGAGACGGGGCGGUGCGUCUGGCGGGGUCCGGGGACCGCUGUCAGGGCCGGGUGGAGAUCUACUAUCAGGGCAGCUGGGGGACGGUGUGUGAUGAUGAUUGGAGCAUGGUGGACGCUUCAGUCGUGUGUCAACAAGUCGGCUGCGGACAAGCUGUCGGCGCACCUUCAAAUUCCUACUUCGGCUACGGCACGGGACGGAUUUUGCUGGACAAUGUGAACUGUAACGGGCAGGAGGGAAGCCUGGCCACCUGUAACAGCCUCGGCUGGGGAGUACACAACUGUGGCCACCAUGAGGACGCCGGGGUCAUCUGCUCAGGUGCCAGUUCCACCAUGGUCCCGGUUAUCAACACCGAGACAAGAGGCAGAGAGUUCAUCUUUCCUGAAAGCACAGCAGGGACAGAAACAGCAGUGGCAGUAAGCCUUGUAACCGCAACUGAGACGGCCACUACAGCCUCAACAAUGAAAGAGAAGCCGAGCAUCCGUUUGGUGAAUGGCCUCAACAGCUGUCAGGGCCGAGUGGAAAUCCUCUACUUCACCGUCUGGGGAACGGUCUGUGAUGAUGACUGGGAUAUGGACAACGCUCAGGUGGUCUGCAGACAGAUGGGAUGCGGGCCGGCUAUCGCAGCCAAACCUCUGGCUCACUUCGGCUACGGCUCUGGUCCCAUACUGCUGGAUAACGUGGACUGCAGUGGCAGCGAGCAGAAGCUGUCCGACUGCUUCAAUCUGGGCUGGGGACAGCAUAACUGUGGCCAUUACGAAGACGCUGGAGUCAUCUGUGAGCCACUUACAGAGUAUAUGGUAGUCGGAAAAGACUUUGGCAUAUGGAUGACAGAGAAACCUACAAGAGCAACUACAACCACAUCACCAGCGGAGGGUACCAUCAGACUUGUAGGGGGCCUGAAUCACUGUGAGGGCCGUGUGGAGAUAUUCCUGAGAGGAGAAUGGGGAACCGUGUGUGAUGACGCUUGGGAUAUUGUGGAUGCGAAGGUGGUGUGCAGGCAGAUGGGCUGUGGGCUGCCUCGAGCCGCCCAGGUGAUGGCCUACUUCGGUCCCGGCCGUGGCACAAUCCAGAUGGACAAUCUGAAGUGCACAGGCAGAGAAGCUGCUCUCACUCAGUGCUCUCACAUAGCAUGGAACAUCCACAACUGUGACCAUUCAGAGGAUGCCAGCGUCACGUGUGAACUCUGACUCCGCCCACCACAGGCCACACCCACUGUAAGCCACGCCCACCACCCCCGCCCAGUGAACACAGUGGGAGAGGAAGAGGUUUCCAGGACUUGUAUGCAUUUUGUACAUAACGCCUCACGACAACCCUGAUGAAGAAAUGUUCAAGAUUAAAUAAUUACUAAUAAAUUAUCCUAAUAUUGUUAUAUAAAUAACUGUAAUAAAUAUUAUGAAUGAAAUUCUAAUUAUGCACUUUAUAAACUAUAAUAAUGUGGGUGAACAAGUAUGCUGAACAUAUUUUAAACUAUUGAUGGAAACCAAAGUUUUAGCCUGUCAUUUUGAUUGCAAGCACCAAAUUUAUUAUGCCAUACAAAAACUUGCGUACUGUACUCCUAGUACUUUUCCAAUUAUAAAAAGAAACACAACUUUUUUAUUUUACAUUUUUAAAGAUGGCUGUGUUGCAUGUCUUAAAUGUUAACAGUGUAUCUGAAUAUAUUUGCAUUUUGUGAAAUGAAAAAUAGCUUUCAUUAUUAUUUCAGAAAAAAAUUAUUGGGUUUGUUCAGAAA